GCCUCACCUACUACUGCUGCUCUUUCUCUCUCUCUCUCUCCACCCAAAAAAACCAAAUCCCCAAACCAGCGGCGCCACAAUCGCACGGCGGCGACGCGGAUCUUCUCGCCGGCUCGCCGCCCAUAAACCCUAGCGCGAGUCCCCCGCCUCCAUCCCUCACCAUCCCCCGCCGCUCGACGCGCCGGUACAGACACGAGGUAAUCCAACGGAACCCUAGGGAUUUGGCGUCGUUUCGUCGAGAUUGGCCGAAUUGGCGGCCUGUUUAGGGUUUCGGUUCGGUGGCGCGCCGUCCGGGAGUAGCCUGCGCGUGUCGAUCUCGGGGGGAGCUAGGGUUUUGGGAGGAUCUGAGGCCUCGACGUCAGUCAGCGGCGUGCGUCGCCCUGGUUCUGAUGAGAAUUGGCAGUGUGAUGCUCAGAUUGGCUGCCGGCGACGACGACGAGAGGAGCAGCGUUUGCAGCGGCGGCGGAGGCAGGUUCACCUCCCCCAAGGUCCGUACAAGGGACAAGGGCGCCCCUAUAUCCCUCUAAUUCCGGAGGGGGUGUUGCUGGUGUCGGAGCCUUCGCUGAGGAAACUGGGAGAUGACGAGGAUCUUCGUGCAGCGUGGGGCCGGUGGCUCUUCGUCCAACUCUGGCCGCUCAGGCUCACAGGCACAACAACAGCAGCAGCAGCAGCAGCAGCAGCAGAACCAGCCAGCAUCAGCUGCCCGGGAGGAGGAGCCUACACCACAGCCACAGCCAGUGGACCCUCCGGCUUCCGACGAAACAACCGAGCAUCUACCUGAGGGCGACGAGAGCAGUAGCAACAAGCCUUCGAGGCCGGCCGACCCCGUGUCCGAGAGCUCGAGCUGCGCGGAAGAGAGAUCCGAGAGGGAGAAACCUCCCAGGGAUGACUCAAAUAUGACCACCGAUCCCGCAUUCUUGGCGGAACUAUCGGGCCUCCAGUGUUCCGACCAGUCUGAGCAGGGCAGUUCAGGUCAGUCAGGCGCCGGCUCACCGCAGAUGGCUGGCGCGGCAUCGCACCCACCGCCUCCGCCAGCUCCGCCGCCGAAGCCAUCAUCGUCUGCUAAUAAUGGCUUGAGGAGAAUGGGGUCUGGAAGCUCGAACAGUGUGCGCAUUGGGUCUUCAAGAAGGCCUGUUGCUUGGCCACCGGUGGCAGCCCGGACAUCUGCUACGGGAUCCCGCCCUUCUUCGCCCAGGUCACUUGCUGACUGUGAAGGGUACAAUAGUGCGGAUGAGCAGGGUCCCUGUUACACCUCUAGCUAUGAUGAUUCGGAAAGGGAGCAUAUGUUCGAACAUGACCUAAGGCGAGUGAAAGGGUUUGAAAUAAGGAAGAUGGCUGCAGACGGAAAUUGCCUGUUCAGAGCAGUUGCCGAUCAGGUUUAUGGUGAUCCAGAAACUUAUGACAUGGCAAGGCAGAUGUGUGUUGAUUAUAUGGAAAGAGAGCGGGAUCAUUUCUCCCAGUUCAUGACUGAAGGCUUCAUGUCAUACUGCAAGAGGAAGAGAAGAGAUAAGGUAUAUGGCAAUAAUAUUGAGCUCCAGGCAUUUGCUGAGAUGUACAAUCGUCCAAUUCACAUAUAUUCCUACAGUACAGAGCCCAUUAAUAUUUUUCAUGGAAAUUAUAGCACUGAUGUUCCUCCAGUUAGGUUAAGCUACCAUCAUGGUAAUCAUUACAAUUCAGUUGUUGAUCCUCGCCGUCUGACAGUUGGGGCAGGCCUGGGAUUUAGCUCCCUUAGAGGGACCAAUAGUGUGGAUAGGGACCAAGUGAAAGCUGCAAUAAAAGCUCAGCAAGACCAGCAGAUUGAGAAUGCACUUCUGGCUGAAGGGCGGCUCUACUCUGAUCUGGAGUUGACUGAGAAGGAAAUAGAGCGGAUGGUGAUGGAGGCCUCUCGGGCUGAAUUUCUUAACCAGCAGCAGGUUAACUUCAGAGAGUCAUCAAUGUCAGCAGGGGCAGAGCCUUCUUCUUCUGCCGCAAUUAGUGGGUCGUCUGGUUCGGCUGCGGUAGGGGAUAAAGGCAGUGAGAAUUGUUUUGUACUCCCAGACACCGUGCUGACUCGCAGCAUGCAGUUGCUCCUAGCAAUGGGCUUUAGUUACAUCCAAGUGAUGGAAGCCUACAGCAUAUUCGGCGAGGACGUGGACUCGAUGAUCUGCUAUCUGGUGGAGAUGGGAGGCGCUGGAGCCUCUGCAGGUGGCAGCAAUCGCCGGAAAGGAAAGGCCGCUGAGUGAUGUGCGCACCUUUCUAUAGGGGAUAGAGAUCAUCGGGCAUAUAAAUUAUAAUACAAAUAAUGAUAGCCUUUGUGAGUUGAGAGUCUGAGACAUCGAUGUAGUGCUGCUAUGUUGGGGAUAAUAAGGAAUAAAAGGUACUCUCAGAAGUCGCUACCUUCUAUGCGAUCUGGUGUCUGAA